GUUCGUUCGUUCGUUCGUUCGUUCGCGUGCGAUGUCGCGGUGCAUGCGACGAUGGACGAAGACGACGACAGUAACAGCGCGCCGCCGUCCGCUGCCACGUGCCACAUUCGCGUCGCGCAGCGACACAUCGAGCCGCUUCGCGGCCGCGCCAAGCAGAUCGCGAAGUUGUUCGGCGUGAAGUUGCUGCUGCCAGCGACGUCGUCGCUACCGACAACGAACCGGGCUGCCGGAGGGUGCGCGACCGAGGCGCUGCUCCGUUGCUCUUCGCCGCGCGGUGGCGGUUCGAAUGCGAGUGAGUCGUUGCUCGUGCCGUUGCGGAUCCUUUCCGAGUGUACCGCCAACGAGGGAAGAGGGGGCAGCCAGGCGAAUACGAUGUGCGAGAUCGCUGUCAGAGUCCAGAGAUACGUGGACUGCACGGUGCUGGGGGCGGGCAGCGUGCCAGACGCCGAGGACUCCUCGUACGACAGCGAUUACGAGGCCGAGGAUUCGACCACGGCAACAACGACGGCGACAGCGGCGGCGGUGCCUCGUCCUCGCUCGGAGUCGCAGGUGUCCCCCGUGACGCACCCGGACGUGUCCCGCACCACGUCCGACACCCUGGCCGCGGAAUUCGCCGAGUACGUCACCAUCCAAGGACCUUCGCCCACGCAGAGUCCAGGUUACACCGCUCGCGUGGAAUUCGCGCUGAAACUUGGUUACACCGAGAAGCUCGUGCAGGCGGCUUUGCAGAAGCUGGGCCCAGACCCUGGUCAGAACGAGUUGCUGGCCGAGCUGAUCAAGCUCGGAGCUACUUACUCGCCGAGACUCAGCGAUGGCCCGGAGGAGGCUGAUGGACUAUUGGAUACCGAGAUGGGCACCGACGACGGCGGAGGAUCAAUCUUGAACUCGACCACAACGAUGACGAUGAAUACGACCUCGUCGGCGGGCUUGAGGCCCGUCGUCAUCGACGGCAGCAACGUCGCCAUGAGCCACGGCAACAAAGAGAUCUUCUCUUGCCGCGGCAUCAAGAUCUGCGUGGAUUGGUUCCGCGCCAGAGGCCACAAGGAGAUCACCGUCUUUGUGCCCAAGUGGCGGAAGGAGGCCUCCAGACCUGACAAUCCCGUCGCCGAUCAGGAGAUCUUGGGCGAGCUCGAGAGGGACCGUCUGCUGGUCUUUACGCCUUCCAGAUUGGUGGGUGGAAAGCGCAUGGUGUGUUACGAUGACCGAUACAUCCUGAGGCUGGCCGCGGAGGUCGACGGCAUCGUUGUUAGCAACGAUAACUACCGGGACCUGGCGCAAGAGAACCCCGAGUUCAGGAGGGUCGUUGAAGAAAGAAUCCUGAUGUAUAGCUUCGUCAACGACCGAUUCAUGCCGCCGGACGAUCCUCUUGGCAGGAGCGGCCCUACCCUAGAAAAUUUCCUCAGGAUCGCGCCCAGGAAGGUCGAACCGGCGCCGCCGUGUCCUUAUGCUAAGAAAUGCACAUACGGGAACAAGUGCAAGUUCCGUCAUCCAGAGAGAGGACCACACCCACACAAGUCCGUGACGGAGCGACUGGUAGAACACGCCCAGCGUCACCUGCAAGCCCGUGGGCCCAGUCUGAGUCUGCCGCUGCCGUCUACGACGUCCGUCUCUCCGCAGCAUCCGCCGCUCUGCAAGACCAGGUCGUCGGUGCCGCCGAGCGUCGUUCAAACCUUGUCGUCCGUGCCGAAGAGUCGAUCGGCGGAGAAUGUUACGUCCGACUUAUCCGCAACUAGUCCUGUCAUGUACAGCCAACAAAUGCCCCCGGCUCAGAGCCCUCAAGCUUAUCCCUCCGUAGUAGGUUGGGCUGCGUCGAGAGUGAGCAAUCCUGAGCCGGAACCGGCGAAUAUGCAUCGCAAAUUACAGCGGCAACUUACUCUGAACCCUGCGUGCGACCCGCGUCUUUAUCAACUUAGGCGAUACCAUCAGCAGCAGCAGCAACCCAGCCAACCGCCGCAACAGCAGCAGCAACAGCAAGCAGUCAUUAAUCCCUCGCGCUCUAGUAUACAACAUCGACCGUUGACGAGACACGCCAGCAACGAGUCGUCGUAUCCAGUUACUGCUAUAAGCUGGGACCAUACCGAGCGACUUCAGCAUCAUCAUCAGCACGUUACACGCAUCGCCUCCGCUCCAGACUCGUAUAGAGCGUGGCCGCCAUGCGGUGCCACCUUGGUACCACCAUCGCGAGUACAAAGGUUGGGUACCUCGGAUCCUCAAUUGAAUCUACUACCGUCACCGCCAUCCGCGAACUUACACGUGCCUUGGGGCACUCAAGCCCAAGACGCCCGGCGUCGUCUGCACUACCAUCUCGCCAACAUAUUUCCCGAGGAGCAAGUGCAGGCCGCCAUGACGAUCCACCCGCAUGAGACCGAUCCGCAGCAGAUAUGCGCCGCCAUCCUGGCGAUGUUUCCUAAGAAUUAGAAUUAAUAGAGGUUGAAAAGUACAGUGUGUGUAAGUACAGAGUAUCCACACGCUCGACCUGCAGCAUGUUGCAAUCGGAAAACUGAUUCCUCGUAAUAGUUCUCUUUUUUAUUUCUGCAGACACGCUGUAUUCUGUGGAGAAAUCAUAAUGCAGAAUAUGAGUAUAUAAUAACGUGGUGAAAACUUAUCGGUUGUAUCGAGUGAUUAGAAGUAAUCUAUUUCUGGAAAUUCUAACAGCUAAAAUUUUUGUAUCUUAUAAUUCUGGAAAAGAAUCUUGCGUUUUCGUCCUGCUAGUAGUGAGCUAGCAUUUCGCGGACAGAGAACGCGGAUAUGAAGAACAACACGCAUAACAUGAUUGUCAUAGAUAGACAUUAUGACAUGUUCUCGUAGAUCUUCGCGUUAUAUGGGAGAUAUUAACGGAGAGGUGAAUGAUUGUGCGCUUACGAACAACGCACGUCAGCCCAGGGCAUUACAGCGCGAGUGUUCGUUGUUAUUCGGGAGUUUAGGUGAUGAAACAUAGAGAGAAAAAAAAUCUGUAUUUUAAUCCGUCGUUUUAAUCGCGCAGAAAUCGCGUCAGUGAUCAUCGUCUCACAUUGAGCCGAUCGACUUCUGUCUUUUCGAUGGCACUCGUGAAAUCGUCUCGCGCUGUUUUCUCAUUAAUCUUCGCUUCUUAAAAGGGAAGGAAAAAGUCUUAACUAUAUUUUUAUAGAUUCACCGAUUUUAUGUACGUUUAUCGCUCUUUUAUUAUCAAGUUUGUCGCAGCUUCUGAUACAAUUUUUAUUAUAUAUAUAAAUAUGUAUAUAUAUAUAUAUGUAUUUUUAUAAUAUACACACACACACAUAUACUUUUUUCACAUAUUUUCAAAUAUUUUCGAUUCAAACUUCAUUGCGUCAUGCGCGAUGAGAAAAUUUCUUGAGACGACAUUGUGAGUGUAAUCGUUCACAUUAGCGGCUGUGAAUUUAUGGGAAGCCUAUAUACACACAUACAUACAUAUAUCGCUCGGCGGUAUAUAAUUUGUAUUAAAAUUGUACAUAAUAUAUACAUAUAUAUGUGUACGCACAAAACAUUUCGGUAACCCGAAACAGGGUGAAUAUAUCGUACAAAUUGUACGAGAAUUAAUUAAGACUUAACCAACUGCUUAUAUCGAUAUUUUUCGUCUCAUAUUGAAGAAUAUUGUAUGAUAUUUUAACUUAUUGGAUUAUCGGUUAUUUCAUAUACACGCGUAUAAGAGCUACGAAUUAAUCGAUAUGUUAGUUCAAUUUAAUUAACUUCCAAAAUAGAAAGGGAAGGGUCCAACAAAGAGUUCUAUUGAUUCAAAUUAAUGUUCUCAUAUCAGAUGUUUUUAUUUGCAUAGCGAACAUAUCACGAUAUUUUUCACAAUAAGUGGAGAAGGAAUGGAUAAUUAAUUUGCAUAUUUAAUACACAUGCUUAAAUUUAUUUUAUAUACACAUACUAUUUUGUGACAAAAUUUUAUAUCAAUCAGGUUACAUUACAUCAGAUUACAAGCGCUUCAGCUCUUUUGAAGAUAAAUAUCCUUUCUUACUCACUGUCUAUCUCUAUAACAAAUGAUAUAUAAGAUUCUAAUAUAUACAUAUGUGUGACAUGUAACAUGUGUACAUCUGUAUAUGGUAAUCUCUCGGAAGCACAAUACUAUGUAUUGUUGAGAAUCUGCGAGUUGCGAAGUUGCAAAUAUUAUAUGAAGUAUGUUGUAUCUAACAAAGAUGAAGAUAAAUACUUAUAAUAUUAUUCUCACUGUGUAAACUAAACAGAGGAAUGUGCGAUAACCGUCUCGGUUGUGGAAGAUUAUUAUGAUUAUUAUUAUUUUAUUAUUAUUUUUAUAAUAAUGUUAAUCUAUGAAAUAUUAUAUAUACCGAGUUUGUAUCAAUGUUAUUCCGAAUGGAUACUACGAGAGAAAUAAAUGUUUU